AAAGUGUAGUCAAGUCUCGUCUCGUCUCACCAAAAGGAAGAAAGGGAGGAAGAAGAACAUAUGUAGGAAGAAAUGGAGGCUCUGCGUCAAAUACGAGCAAAGAAUUCAUAUAUUUUUCUUAUUUCUCUUCUAUUGAUCACUCUCCUCUCUUCAUCCAUAUCUGCAACUUCACCUCUUUCUCAAUCAGAUCAGGGUACAGAGAAGCAUGCAACAAGUCCUGAACAAGACAAAUCCCAUGUUCACGAAGUUCAUUGCUCCAGAGAGAGAAGCCGGGCUGCCUGGAACGUUAUUGAGGAGUACUUAAUGCCCUUUGUAGAAAGAGAGAAGUAUGAGCUUCCUAGGCAGUGUAGACUUCAUCCAAGUAAUGAUAUUUUCAGAGAUCAGGAGGAACAUAAAAUUCAUCUUGAUGUGAAUGAAUGGCGUUGUGGAUACUGCAGAAAAAGCUUUCGGGCUGAAAAAUUUCUUGAUCAGCAUUUUGACAACAGGCAUUCCAAUCUUCUAGACGUUGGUCACAGCAAAUGCCUGGCAGAUGUAUGUGGAGCUUUGCAUUGUGACCUUGUGAUGGAAAUCAAAUCCAAGAAGACCAAGUGUAAUCCUGCGGCAGCAGCACGAAAUCGUCAUUUAUGUGAGGGUCUUGCAGACAAUUGUUUUCCUGCUAAUCAGAGUCCAUCAUCAACUCGUCUUCAUGAACUAUUCUUACGCCAAUUCUGUGAUGCUCACACUUGCUCGGGGGGGAGAAAACCAUUUUCUAGAGGAGGAAAGAAGCAUACAAAUCGGUUCUACUUGGCAGCUUCAGUAUUGACGUUGAUGCUGCUCCCUCUAUUUUACCUUAUUGUCUAUUUGUACCAAAGAGAAAUAAAAAGGGGAACUCAAGAACUUAAGCGCAUAGCAAAAGUUGGAAAAAAAGCAAAACCUUCUUAGCUGUAUACUGUGGUGAUACACUUUUUGGGAAUCUCUUGGUGAUGAAUCAUUUACCAUUGCUGGAUGAUCAGAGAUCUGAUGCAGAAGUCAAUACAUUUCCUCCGUCAGCAUGGUACAAUGCAUCUGGGCAUUAAACUCUUGUCAGCCUGGAUCAACCGAUGUCAUUGAAGCAGCAGCUAAAUUCUUACUCUCUGUUGUAUCAAUUCUCUGAGACCCAGAGAACAGUUUUUUUUAGAAGACAAUCACUAUCUCUUUUCUCUUUAUGAAUUGUACAUUUGGGAGAACAUGAAAUCUUCGUGUUGUAUGUUUCUUUGGGUAAUCUGAAGUUCAAUUUUUGGGGUG